AUGACUACCAAUAACCCAGACACCCUAUGGGUGGCUCACGGUUCAGAAGAGCUCGAAGAGGCCGACGAACCGCCUGAGAUGGCCCUCAAGAAACAGCAGUUUACUGCCAACGAUUUCCAGCGAACUACCAUUCGACCUUCCACUGAGAAGUCCUCUCUGUUGACCAAGGCUAUCAAUGGAAACUCGGACGACGACCUAUACACUCCCCAGACUAUCUCACGACCCAUGGCCAACACCCAGCGACGUCGCUCCCUUGUCAGCAACAUAAGCUUCGCUUCGACAGCCGACCUCACCAGCGAUACUGGUUUCACUAGCCCCUCGAGACCGAACACACCAAGCCCCCCUCUUCCUGAAAUGGCCAUGCUGCGCUUGCACGAUGGACGUGCUGCCGAGCCUACGCAUGUUUCUUUGCUAGGCGCUGCUGUCAAAUUACAGCAGGGCAAGACUGAGGAGCCUCGCAAGCGAAGCAUUCAGUUUGCAUGUGGUGGCAAGCCCGUGGUCCAGGAACAACCCCCUCGAUCCCAACCUAUGGUCAAGGCGCCUUCUGCUCAGGAAGCUCCUCGCAAGUCGUGCAUCAAGUUUGCAUGCCCAGCUCGACCCGCCUCUACCCAGAACACUCCUCCUCGGUACACCGAGAGCACUAAGAAGGACGCAACAUCAAAGGCCGAAUCUCCCUCAACCCCCAAGCGAACCUCAGCCCUGGCAUUUGCCGCACCUCGCCAGGUCACACCUCGCCGACACUCCAUGUCUCGUCCUAGAUUUCUCCGCGCCGACUCCUCUGACCUUGUCACGGACAGUUCGCAGUUCCACGAGUUUGCCAGUGGUAUCACCCGAGAGGACGAUUGGAUCCGACGUGAUAGCAAUGCUGUUGCAACUAAACUGACAAUCAAUGACACUCUGACCAAGGAGAACAACAUUCGACGUCUGGCUACCGAGGCAGAGGAAGAGGCGCAAGAGGAAGAAGACGAGCUCGAGGAUGAGGAGGAUGCAGACGUUGACGACGACGACGAUGAUGAGGAGGAAGGGGAUGGAGAUGAGGACGAAGAGGACGAACUCGAUGUUGAGCUCGACGAGGAUGAUGAGGACGACGAAGAGGACGAUGACGACUCUGAUGGCUAUCACACCGAUGAAGAGACCGGAUUCGCCGACUCGGAUGAGGAUGAUGAGGACGAUGACAUGCGUCUCUGGACUCCUGGAGCCAAAUCUGUCGUUCAUAUCGGAUCCGGUGCUACUCUCAUGCGCCGCCCUUCUCUUCACGAGUUACAGUCUGACUCUUCUAUCACUACCGUGGACAACCAGCGUGCCAACCGUCGCUCAAAGCGCGUCAGAUAUGCCGAGGAGGCCCCUGAUCUUCCCGACAGCACUGACUUUGUCUGCGGCACAUUGGACGAGGAUCGUCCUCUUGAGGAAGCUUACCUUUCCUGCCUCGCAGCUCGACGAAAUGAGAAGCUUCGCGUCAUUCCUCAGGACAUCGAUCCCAGUUUCCCUGCCUCCGAGCCUGAGGAGGAAAACGAGGGUGAGAUCUUCAACCCUGUUCACCACUCAAGUGACGAGGAUGAUGAGUUCUUCCAGGGCAAAAUGGAAGACCUUCAUCAGGAGCGUGACCGCCCCCGUCGCCGUCGUAAGAGCGAGCAUGCAUCUCCUAAGCGAUUCCGCUCUCCUCCCCCCAAGCGUCAUCACUCACCCCCUCCUAAGGUCCGAGGCCGAUCACCCAAGCCUCUGUUUGACCGUCAAUCACCUCGAAAGGCCAAGUCCCCAGCUCCUAUGCGCAAGCCCAUCACUACCCCUCUUGGAUCUCCUCGCUGCGGCCAAGUCAACUUCAACCUGGCUGGUCGUCCUGGACUCACUCACACCAAGUCUCUUCCUCGUGGCGGCGCUAUGUGCCACCAGCGAAAGCAGGCUCGACACAAGGUCAAAUACGACAACGAUACCCACAUUCGUGGCGCUAUCGACAUUGUCAAGGGUCUGGAGAGCAAGCGUCAGCGACGCAAAGAGAAAUUCCACCAAAAGUACUGCAACCGCGCUCGACGAGGCCAGAUCCCCGAGCGUAAGCCUGUUCCCGGUCGCGGCACGGAACGCAUGAGGGAACUAGGCCUUCUCAUGGCUGGCAAGAAGGACCAGACCAACUAUGUCCUUUCCAUCUAA